CACUGUCAGCAAUGGCAACGAAAAGAAAAAGUAUGCCCAAUUGUGCCAGUACUCCAAAACCAUCAGCAAAUAGGAGGAGAACUCUAGUUCUCUCCUCUCCCCAAGGUGGACUUAAGAGAGAGCCUACUGAAGAAGAUUCCCUGCUCUUAGUUAACGAAGAUGAGGCAGAAAAGAAAGCACACAGAAAAUCUUUAGCAUUACAAAGUUUUCAAAAGACUCCUGCUGUUUUAUCCUCCCCCACUCUCUCUAAGAAGAAAACUGUAAUGACCCCUCUCUCAGGACCACGUCUUAGUGCAGACCAGUUGAAGCAGCAUUACGCAGAUUGUAUAAAACUCAGUACAGAAAAUAAGAUAAAUGCUAAAAAUGCGUUUGGUUUGCAUCUGUUAGAGUAUAUAGAUACCAUUCUUCAAGAAAAGAGUGACAAUUUCCAGGUAGUCGGGUGCACUAUUGAUGCUGGUGCAAAAAUUUACGCUGGUCGAGUGGAUGCAGUUCACAGCGAUAUUCUGAAAAUGCUGGGUACCAUGGGAAGCACUGAAGCAGAGGGUGAACAUGAGAGAGACGACGACGAGGACGGGGAUAUUGACGAUGCGUCAAAGAAAAAAGAUAAGAAGAAGAAAAAGAAGAUCACGCUCUGCGAGGGCAGGACAAUUGAGAAGAAUCUAGCUAAUAUCCGGAACACAACAUACGACCUCAGCUUUGAUGUAGAUCCACUGAUCCAGAUAACUACAAGACAAUCAGAUGAGCAGAGUACAGCGGCUCUGAUAUCUCACAACAUCUUCCUCAAGAAUGAUUCCCUCCUCUUCGACUCGACCUCUGUGUACCACACCCAAACAACCUCAGACUCACUUCCCGAGCCAACUAUCGACACUUCACACCUUGCCUCUCUAAUUCCUGGCUUAUUGAACUCUGAACGAGUCGUUUGUCCCACGUUUGAUGGGUUCCGGUUUAACAACUGGAUUUGUACGGAGGAGAAGAGUUUCUACGAGCCACCUCCCUCCCAACCUGACACUCAGGAGUCGGAGCAGGCUGAACCCUUCGUACCAGGAAUGGAGGACUUAGCGGACGAGGAUGAUUUUGGGGUGGACGCGAUGAGUAGUUGUGAUGAGGGUGAAGGAGGAGAUCAUGUUGAGAGAGCGCCAGAGAAAGAGAGGAUGACUAUUGACGAAUUGACUUUAGCUUUAGAGCCGACAGAGUUUGGUUAUUUCAACCCUCAGUUAACCAACAUGUGGGCUGGACCGGGUCAUUGGAAACUGAAACCUGUCCUAACCAAGGUGGAUGGUGAAAAAAAGGAGAGAAAGAAGAAAACGCACACAACUCACUUGUUCGACACACCUGAAGACGACCUCUUCAAACAUUUCAUCAAGUCUCGCGCUAAAACGACUCUCGCUGACGAAACUAUUCGCUCUAACAGAACUUCAGACAACACCCUCCCACUCGACAUCCACUACCUGGAAUCCAGUUUAAGAAAGCUGUCCAUGAUGCCGCUGUGGCGAGGAAAGAUCGCCGUAACAGAGAAGAUAGUCAGUAGUGGGGAGGCGACUGACAAAGAUUGGUAUAACUACGAUAACCCUCACGAUUUGAGUAAUUACUGCCCCAAUGGUCCGGAUGAUAGCGACGAUGAUGCGGGACCAGCUGAAAUUAGUUUUGGUUCUCAAGGCGAUGUUAAUCCUACCCCUAUCGGUGAUCUACAACUCAUUGAUGCAGCCCCUAAAAUCGAACGCAUUGAUAUUCAUUAUGCGAAACAGGCGAAGAAGAUAGAUGUGAGAAAGCUGAAGAAAGUCAUGUGGAGUAGCAUAGCGCCCCGGCCAAGUGAAGAUGUGGAGAACAUGGUGAAAAACAAAGAGGUGGUAUUAGAAAACGGGGGAGAAAAACUGAAGAACGGGUUGGUAAACUUUUCAGAGGUGUACAAGAAAAUACCUUAUCAGGUUUCUGCGACCAUGUCAGAGAAUUUAUCGGUGCCGAUAGCAUUCGCCUGUUUACUGCAUUUAGCAAACGAACAUACCCUGGAACUAAAAGAUGGUUUAGAUUUAUCGGACAUACAAAUCAUUGCACCGAGUCAAUGAGGGUUACAACCAAUCGGAUAUUGACAUUGUACGUCUUUCUUGAGUUAAUAAAAUGCAUAAUAUGUUCUGUCUUGGAUCUUAUUUGUGACAGAAUACACCAUUCUGUUAAUACACGAAGUUAAUAUCUUAUUAAAGCUAAACUGACAUCAAUGUGGUUGUGAAAUUUGGGAAAUUUAUGAAACCGAAUCUGCUUAACUUUAAGUUUAACCAUUGACUUUAUUUUAGUUCUGUUUUGAUACAAAAUGAUAUAAGAAUUGAAUGUGCCUAACCUUUACAUUAGUUAUCACUUUAGAUUUAGUUAUCACUUAAUUUCUUCUUUUGUUUCUUGGGUUUCAAAUAAACUUAUUUACUGAAAUGAAUUCAUUAUUUUUAGUUACAGUACUAGCUGUAUCCUAAAAGUAAAAUUACAAACAAUCUGAUUUACCACAUCCAACUCUGAUGUAAUGUAAUUUUAUUUGUACACCGUCUUUGUUUAGACGAACCCAACAUUUUUGAUAGACCAUAUUUAAUUUUCUGAAUUUGUGUUAUUCACUAUAUAUUGGUUGGGAGAUGAGCCUCAGAGCCUGUUUUGUUUUGACACUUGACCGCUAUUCGCCUAUAAUUUUCACCAACUUGUAACGAGGACCACGAGGGUCGAGGGUUGGUCAUUUCGAACCCCUCGUCGAGGGGUUCGAAAUGACCAAAAUUUGGCUUAGGUAAUAUGUAAACGAGCCAUUAUACUGGCACCAACAUAUAAACCAACAUUGCAUUGGACGAAUGCUAAGAUUGGUCGAAUAUUAGUUAUAAUUUUGUCAAAGCAAGCUUCGUGCAACGACUAAUUACGACCAAUAUUUAAAUGACUGAAAACUACAAAACCUUGAAUUAAAAUAUAACAACGUCCAAUUAAAUCAGUGUCACGUGUCAAAACAAAUAUCGUUGUUGUUCGUUUGUUGUAUUGCGAGCGUCUUCAUUUUAAUGUAAUAGAAAUUUGCAUUAUACAUAUAGUU